AUGGGGAAAUUGAGCCUUACAGAUCACGAUGCGGUUUAUAUUGGUAGUUCGCACUGGGUCACGAUUUUGGAGGAAAUUCGAAGCAUCAAAGACGAUUUAUCGGAUGAGCAGUCAAUUGGCCCUAUAAGUCGGGAAUCGACACCAUUUGAUGCGGGUUUUACGCGUGGUGCGCCACCGUCCAGGAUUUCGCUGCUUGCGAGUACUACGUCUUUUUCGAGGGAGCAGAUAUUGGCAAGGAUGCCUCCGCGGAAGGCUGUUGAUAGGCUUGUCGGCCAAUAUUUUAAUACUGUGGAUUUGUCUCCGGUUGUUCUGCACAGGGAUACCUUUCUUGCAGAGUAUGCGAACUUUUGGAGAGAUCCUUCGAUAGUACCGAUUAUGUGGAUAGGACUGUUGUUCAGUGUAAUGAGCAUGUCUGCAUAUCUCCAACAACAAGAUAAUGAAGCGCUUGGAGCUACAUCCGUCGAGUCAAACGAUAUGCUCGAGACCUACCGAGCUCUCACCAUCUACUGUCUUGUUGCAGGCGAUUAUCUUCGACCGAGCAGGUACACCAUCGAAACAUUAACCUUACACUUUGCCCUUGAACAGAACGUUAGUGUCGAUACAUACGUCGGCAACUGGAUCCUGAUGGGUGUCGUGAUACGUAUCGCUUUUCGAACGGGACUACAUCGUGACCCAUCUCACUGGCCCAAUAUCCGGCCGUUACAGGCAGAAUUACGGCGACGAACUUGGAUGGCCUUGUACCAGAUGGAUUUCUUCACAAGCAUACAACUGGGUUUGCCUCGUAUCAUCAAAGAUACUCAGUGUGAUACACGUCCGCCCUUGUCUUUGAUGGAUAGUGAUAUCGGACUCGAGUCUGUUGAUUACCCGCCCGAACGGCCUUCGACAGAGCGUACUCCGCUGUCGCAUCUUAUACAUAGGCAUGCUAUCAUCAAGGUGACCGCGGAGAUAUACGAGGCAACCGAAACAGCAUCGCCGUCAUCUGCCACUAGAUCCAUACUCAGUGCGAAGAUCGAGAAAGCUGUUGAUUCUAUACCUACAUGGCUGCGACAUAAACCGCUAGAGUCAUCAAUUGCAGAAAAUCCCAUCACUCUGCUGAGCCGAAUUAAUCUGGACAUACUCAUACACAAGGCCGUCUAUCUCCUCCAUCGAUGGAGUUUCAUAAAAGGCUCCACUGGCGAAGAAAGCACAAAAUCAAACGAGCUAUGCAUCAACGCCGGCUUAGCAAUUCUGGAUCACCAGCGAAGAAUCAAUGAGGAAUUACAGCCGGGAGGGCUCAUGUUUGCGAUUCGGUGGAGGGUUGCGCAUGUACUGAAUCAUGAGGUUUUGCAAGCUACGAUGAUACUGUGCUUUGCUUUGAGUAGAUUUAAUGAGAGUAUCACGACGAAUCCUUACGCUGUGUAUCGGCGGAACGAUAUCCUAGACGCCCUGAAAGUUUCGAAAGGGAUAUGGAAGGAGAUUGCUGAUCGAUCUGUGGAAGCACAACGAGCAGCGACAACUAUCAGCAGUGUACUGAAUAACGAGCCGGAGAGUUCGAAAUUUCCAGGUUUGGUACCUUCAGAUGGAUUAUUCGAGCAGAUACCAGCAAUUUCUGGACAGGAUUAUAUGAGCGGGUUCGAAUUUGGGAACGAUAUGGCUUUGGAUCCGUCGUUUCUGCAGAUAUAUGACGAUGUGACAUUUGCAGGGAUGUUGGACGAGUUCGUCACUGAGCAAUCGUAA